GUUUCUGUCAGGUUUUCUGUCACGUUUAUCUGACCUGGAGGAACUGUACAUUUCGGAGGAAUAUCAAGAUCAAUGGGAGGUUGAAGGGAAUGCAAGCAUUGUUGAGUUAAAUUCUCUGAGUAACUUAACCGCAUUAGAAAUUUUGAUACCAAAAGAUGUCAUCUUACUACUACCCAAGGUCCUUCCCAGCUUUAAGUCAUUAACGAAAUACAAAAUAUGGAUUGGGUGUGAAAAUUCAAGAUAUUACAAUGAACACGCGGAAACAAAGAUCUUGGGACUUGAGGGUGUUCCUUUGAUGGUUGGGCUUCACUUUUUGAUGGCAAAUGCUGAAGUGCUAUAUUUGAUUAAAUCGGAAGGUUUAAAGAAGGUGCUUAAUGAUACAGACAGAGAGUGGUUUUUAGACUUGCAGCAUCUUCAAGUCAGGAAUUGUGACGACUUGGAACAUCUACUUGGCAAAACCCAAAUGGAGUUUACAAACUCAUGGACCAUGUCCAUUUGGUAAAUUGAGAAAACCGCAUAUUACAGAAUGUGGAUCAAUGACGUAUCUCUUCUCCCCGUCCACUGUGAGAGCUCUUCCAAACCUACAAAUGCUACUAAUAAGAUGUAGUGAGAAAAUGGAAGGAAUAAUUGGAGGUGACAAGGAAGUUCCAGAUAAAGUUAUUUUUCAUCAGUUGAGGGUGAUGAAACUGCACAAUCUGCCAAACUUCAUAAGCAUCUAUGCCAAUAUGAAGAAGACACCAUCAACCACAGAGUGCAAGGAGCCUACCACCAUUAAACAAUCUCUCUUUAAUGAAAAGGUUGUGUUUCCUGUCUUAAAGAAUUUGUUCAUUGAUGGAUUAAACAACUUUAAAGCGAUAUGGGACAAGCAAUUACUUCCCGUCCUGAAAGCAGGAGAUUCCUUCAAGCAUCUCAGAAAAUUAUUUGUAAGAAAUUGUACGGGUAUGGAAGAGAUACUUGCAUUUGAAAUUGGACAAGGAGAAGAAGAAACACAAGCAAAUGAUGAAAUUGUCGUGUUCCCUAAAUUAAAGAGGAUAUAUCUUAGGAGCUUGCCAAACCUGAAACUUUCCCAAGAUGAAGAAAUAGACGACGACUUACGGAAGAGAUUCCUUCAAGCCCUUGUCAACCACAAGGUCAAAUUUCCAAGAUUGGAUAAUCUUAACAUUCAAUCUCUGAAUCCUUCGAAUUCGAAUCUGAAUCCGAAUCCGGAUGCAGAUUCGGAUGCGAUUUGGGAGGAAUUGGAGUUGGAGUUUGAGUUGCAGUCGCAGUCGGAGUCCGAGUCGGAGUUCGAAUAAAUAUGGGUUUGGCCAUUGUUGGAUUGAACAAAUUUAAAGCGAUAUGGGACAAGCAAUUACUCCCCGUCCUGAAAGCAGGAGAUUCCUUUAAGCAUCUCAACUGUAGGAAAUUGUAAGGAGAUGGAAGAGAUACUUGCAUUUGAAAUUGGACAAGGAGAAGAAGAAGCACAAGCAAAUGAUGAAAUUGUAGUGUUCCCUAAAUUUCAGGUUUGGAACUUGCCAAACCUGAAAAUUUCCCAAGAUGAAGAAAUAGACGACUCUUCUAGACUACAAGCCCUUGUCAACCACAAGGUAUGUUAUGUAAACAACGCAAAUUAUAUACUAGAAACCACUUACUAAAGCUCUAUGGACGAUAUAAAACCAUUAUUGUUUUGCAUGUUGAAUAAAAAGUGACUCGAGGGGUAUACUUAUUCUCAGAUUUCAGGCUAGACAGUUCUGAAACCCCAAUUACUUGGACCUUUUUUCUCAUUUUCUUGUAAUUUUCUGAACUUCUCUAAAUACUUAACAAUUUUCUGAUUCUUCCGAAAGAGUACGCUUGGAUAUAAAAAUGAAUGACUAAUAUGAUGCACCAUAUAUUCCAUAUCUUCUGGUUACAUUAAUAAAUUAGGAAUAUAUAUAUGUAGCACAUAUUUGUAAUUUUUCAUUUAUUUUCUGAAAGUUGGUACAUGUUUGUAAUUCCGUGGAUACUAAGAAGCAUCCGGAAGAUCGUAUCAGGGUCAAUGUAAAGGCAGUAAGGAAGGUUUAGAAUUAAUAGCCUAAAGCUAUGCUUCCUUUUCUCUUUGCUCUAUGACUAAUUGUUAAUGGAUGCUUUUGCAGGUCAAAUUUCCUAGAUUGGAGGAUUUUGAAAUUCAAUUGGGUUCGGGUUCGGGUUUCGAGCGGGAGUGGGUGUGGCUAUAUGAAAUUAGUUAUGCAAUUAUGAAGGGUUAAAUUUUUUUAUUUUAUUUUAUAUUUUUGUUACUUUCUCUAAACAAUCUAGUUUUUCCGCUUUUUUUUCUUCAUUCCCUUUUUUUUAUCUCUUCUAAUUUUUUUUCUAAUCUUUAUUGUUUACAACUAAUUUGCGUCUCUCACUUUCUGAUCUAGUUCACACUCACCAUAUUUUCCUGUUUCGUAAAACAUUGCUAGCUUCGUCCGAACAAAUCCACGAGCAAUAGAGGUACGCCUUAAAAUCUCUUCUUUAAGCUCUCGAUCUGCAUUUCUGUUGUGUCAUUUAUUGCCUAAAAUCUUGUGUACUUUUGUUCGCCUUGUGUUGCUUCUAAUCUUUAUUGUGCCAUUUGUUGUCUAAAAUCUCUUUUUAAUUCGAAUCUCUUUUCUUUUUAUUGUGCCAUCUGUCUCUUAGACACCUUACUAGCUCCAUCUAGACAUAUCCAUAAGCUAGAGGAACGUUCAAGUCACUGCUUUAGUUUUUCAGCAAAACAGUGUUAGCUCUCUGCAGAUAUUUGCAUUUAAUCUUUCUCCUACAAGUCUACCUUUUUGUAUGUCCCAAUUGUGAAUUUUCAAUUUUUGUCAUCUUUCUCUUUCACUCGUUUGUCUAGUUUGUGAAUAUUCUUUUGUAUUCCAUCAUUUUGUUUGUUAAAAAAAAAAAAGAAAAAAAAAGAAAAAACAGCAGCUAGCUAGUGAGUUGAAAAUGAGUUGUGUUAUAGAUGCCAUUGUGGGAAAAAUAUUAGAUCCAAUUUUUGACUUUUUGUUCACAUCAAUUGGGCGUCAAAUUGGUUAUUUGGUUAAAUACAAGGAAAAAGAAGUGAACGAUCUUAAAGGUGUGAGGGACAGGGUCCAAGCAGCUGUGAACAGAGCCAGGGACAAUGGGAUGACCAUUGAGAAGGAUGCUGAGAAGUGGCUGGUGGAAGUGCUGCAGUCGUUGAUGACUUUGGAAGAAGAACUGAACAACUCAUUGCAAGACAAAGCAAAUCUCAAAUGUCUUGAUGUAUGUUCACGGUAUAGGCUUGGUAAGAAAGGGAAAGAGAUGGUGAUGGAAGCUAUCAGACUAAAAGAGGAUCGAAAUAAGUUUGGCGACGAAGUUGCACACCCUACUCCUCUCAAAGAUAUUUGGUACACAUCCAGCACAGGUUAUGAGAAUUUUGAUUCCAGAAAAUUGGUUUUUGAGGAGAUCAUGAAGGCGUUGAGCGAUGAUAAGAAUUCCAAAAUCAGAAUAUAUGGAAUGCCAGGUGUUGGGAAGACAACAAUGGUGAAGGAAGUUGGCAAACAAGCUGGAAAAGGUCCUUUUGAUGAGGUCGCAAUGGCAGUUUUCUCCCAGAAUCCAGAUCUGAAAACAAUUCAAGGAAAACUUGCAGACUGUCUAAAUCUGAAAUUAGAUAAAGAGAGCGAAGAAGGGAGAGCGGGUCAACUAUACAAUAGAUUGAAGAAUGGGAAAAAAAUUCUUAUAGUAUUUGACGAUGUCUGGGAUGAUCAGAUUACACUGGAAAAAAUAGUAAUUCCAGCAGAUAUAGUUAAUAGCAUGGGCUGCAAAAUUUUGUUGACCUCUCGAAGACAAGAAGUGUGCAACCGGAUGGGGUUUGAAAAAAGCUUCCCAAUUGGACUCCUAUCGGCACCUGAAGCUUGGCACCUAUUCAAGAGAAUGGUUGGAGACUUUAUUGAAGUUGACCCUGAAAUUCAGUCCAUAGCGAAGCAAAUUUGUAGAGAGUGUGAUCAUUUGCCAUUGGCAAUUUGUGCAGUUGGAGGAGCACUGAGCGGUGAGAAGGAUAAGCAUGUAUGGAAUGAUGCAGUUGAACAACUGAAACAUUGUCAGGGAUAUAAAAUUGAUGGAGUGGAAGAAAAGGUGUAUUCAUGCAUUGAGUGGAGCUACAGGUAUCUAAAGCAAGCAGAUGUGCAAUCAUGCUUUUUGCAUUGCUCUUUGUUUUUGGAAGAUUCUGAGAUUUCUAUCGGCUCCUUGGUGUAUUUGGGAGUAGGAAUGAAGUUUCUAGAAAGCACAGAUACAACAUCAAUGAAAAAAGCCAGAGAUAGAACACAUGUGAUGGUUGGUAUCCUCAAGAAGUCUUCUUUGUUGUUAGAAGGUGGAAAAGAACACAUGUUCAAGAUGCAUGACGUAGUUCGAGACGUUGCUAUAUCAAUUGCAUCAAAACCUCCGAACUUGUUUCUAGUGAAAGAUGGCGUUGGUGUUUGGCCAGAUAAAGAUGAGUAUAAAUCUUGCAGGAUAAUAUUUAUAGUGGCUUCCUCCAAUGUUCGUAAGCUUCCUGAUCAAUUAGAUUGUCAAGGGUUACGGACCUUAGUACUCAGAUGCACAGAUCACGAAUUUCUAGAACUACCAAAUAGCUUUUUUGAAGGAAUGGAAAAGCUUGAAGUUUUGGUUUUGAGAAAGAUGAAGCUAGCAGCAUCAUCACUUUCAAAUUUGGCUAGUCUCCGGAUGUUGAGUUUAGAAGACUGUGAGCUGGUGAACCCAUCUUUCCUCAAUGAAUUGAAAAACCUUGAGAUACUCAUCAUUGGUCAAAUUUAUAAAUCCAAAGAGAUGGUUUUUGAAAAAUGACAGUUGACUCGCCUACGGUUGUUGUAUAUAAAUAAAUUUAACAGGGAUAUAAGGUUUCUGUCGGGUUUCCUGUCACGUUUAUCCGACCUGGAGGAAUUGUACAUCCCGAAGAAAUAUGGAUAUCAAUGGGAGGUUGAAGGGAAUGCAAGCACUGUUGAGUUAAAUUCUUUGAGUAUCUUAACCGCAUUAGAAGAAAUUUUUAUACCAAAAGAUGUCAUCUUACAACCACCCAAGGACCUUCCCAGCUUUAAGUCAUUAACGAAAUACAAAAUAUGGAUUGGGUUUGAAAAUUCAAGGUAUCACAGUUAACACGCGAAAACAAAGAUCUUGGCCCUUAAAGGUGUUCCUUUGAUUGUUGGGCUUCACUUUUUGACGGCGAAUGCUAAAGUGCUAUAUUUGAUUAAAUUGGAAGGUUUAAAGAAAGUGCUUAAUUAUACAGACAGAGAAUGGUUUUUAGACUUGCUGUAUCUUCAAGUCAGGAAUUGCGACGACUAGG